CUCCGCUCUGUCUCUAUCUAUUGGCGUUUACAAACACGUACUGGUAGGCGCGUGAGUCUUGAGGUCCCCAGUACCUUCACGCUCGUCGUUCCAUCUUCCCCUGCUGUACAAACCGCAGCAAAAACUCACUCUCUCUCUUCUGCACCAAAUCCCCACCGCCAUUGCUCUAACCAAAAUACCCACUCGGUUCCUUAAAAACAAGACCCAGAUACCCAUUUCACUACCUUCUCAAACGUUUUGGCGUGAGAGAAGGUUGACAGAGUUCGACCUCUCGACUGAAGCAGCGUAAAGAUGGAUAAAAUAUGGUUGAUCAGGGAGAGUUUUAAACAACGGAAGCUUUUUGAGGGGCAUGGUGUAAGGGUGUAUGAAGAUAAAAUCAGUGAUUUGCCUGACUCUAUUCUUCAUCAUAUCCUCUCAAUGCUCCCCACAAAAGAUGCCGUUGCAACGUGCUUGUUGUCAACUAGAUGGAAGUAUCUAUGGACCUCUGUACCCAACAUUGACUUUGAUGAUUUCUCGUUAUAUCCAAGUGAAGUGAAUGAUUGGGAUACGGACAAGCUGACUUGUUUCAUGAAUUUUGUGGAAAGGGUGCUUGUUCUUCACGAGGGCUCAAAUAUGGAAAAGUUCCGUCUCUCUUGUCGAGUUUGCUUCGAUGCAUCUCGUAUUCAUGCAUGGGUUUCUGCUGUAAUGAAGCAUAAAGUUCAAGAGCUUGACCUUUGCCUUUUUGUGGAAACUCCUUUUGCCUUGCCCCAAUGUGUUUUUGUGAGUGGAUUUUUAACAGUGGUGAAAAUAGCAAUGAAUUGUGCCCUUGAACUCCCUACGUCCAUUUCGUUUCCACAGCUUAAAACUUUGCACCUUGCUCUUGUUACUUUCCUGGAUGAUGAUUCCACCCAAAAAUUAUUAUCUAGUUGCCCAGUCCUUCAGGAGUUGUUUAUAUUGGACUGUGAAUGGAUGAAUCUGAAGCACAUUGUGGUUUCUAUUCCAAUGCUGAAGAGCUUUACCAUAGAUGACCUACCUUACUUUGGAUCAGCAGAUGAACUUAAUGGCUGUGAGAUCAAGAUUGAUGCAGCAAACCUUACAUUUUUGAAUUACACUGGUUGUCUAUUAAAUGAGAUUGUUCUCUCUAAUCUGCCUUCAUUGGUUAAUGCAUAUGUUUGUGUUCCACUUCUGGGUAAGAGGCAGAAAGAAAUUGCUUAUCGCGCAGUUAAGGUGCUGAGAGGCUUGCACAGUGUUAAAUCCUUGAGAAUGUCUACUGGUACAAUUGAGUCUCUCUAUCUCGCAGAUAACCUGUCGGAUCAACUUCCCAUGUUUCAAAACUUGACAUCUUUAGAGUUGAGCAUGUUAAUCGAGAGGCUCAUUAUCCAGAAAGUGUUAUAUUUCCUUCAGUUCACGCCAAAUCUAGAGUCUCUUGUGUUUUUUCAGGGAUCUAAUCCUCAUGUGCGCUGUGAUGAAGAAGAAGAUUGGAAUUUGAAGCCUGUGCCUAAUUGUUUCUUGUCCUGCCUAAAGUCAGUCAACCUCCAUAAUUUUCAUGGAAACUACGAAGAAAUGUGUAUGCUAAAAUAUUUGCUGAAGAAUGCACUUGUUUUAGAGAGGCUGAAUAUAUUUUGUUCAAAGAGUCCAUCAGGAGAUUUAACGAAGCAAAAAGAGGUUGUUGAUCGGCUGGACAUGGUUCCUAGAGCAUCCACAAGUUGUGUAAUCAUGUUCCUCUGAAAUUUCUUUGAGCCUCGACGAAGCAAGGAGUUGAAACUCAUUUUUGGGUUAAGUUUUGACUCUCAAAGCGGAUUUCCAACUCAUCUUAUGCCUCAAAUUAUAUCCUCUGGUGGUGCAAAAUGAUCAAUGACACUGGUUUAUUUUGGGAUGUAUCGUAGAGGCGGCUCUUAUUACUACCUUUUGGAACGGCUUGGAGAAAACCUUGUUGGGGUGAUUAGCUUUGUAAAGUUGUCCAUUUUAGUAAGGUCGACAUACCAAUGUGCUCUUACCGCAUACGGAUACUGAGAUACAUAUACUUCGGACGCUGGAACUCGAGAGUGUUCGUCCCGAAGAACUCUGUCGGAUUCCAGCGUCGUCCCAAUUGCAGUUUUUGUCCAGUUUAUACAUGUAGUCAUGUUCCUGACUCGUGACACUUGUAUCUGUUUUGCUAUAUAUGUGCUCAUAUUAUAACACCACUGCAUAGUUUUGCUUUUUUCCCGGGGUUUUUAAUUUUCUUUUCAAGUUUGUAGCACAUUGUCCAUAAUGCCAAAACGAAUUUAGAACUUGGA